AUGCUUCUCAAGCCUCUCGACACAAAGUUGGCCUUCUCUUCCAAUAACAACAACAAUUCUACCUCUGCCGCUCUAUGGAAAUCCAAUGCUGAUAUCAAAUUCAAUAACACCACCAACAACACUACAAAUAAUACUCACACUAUAUCCCACAACUACACUGCAAAAUCAAAUUCUAUUAAUUUAAAUUUAAAACAACAACCCCUAAGAGACUACUCUAUCAAUGAUUUUGAAAUUGGCAGAAAAUUAGGAAAGGGAAAAUUUGGAAAAGUUUACUGUGUUCGUGAUAAGAAAACCGGUUAUGUUUGUGCUCUAAAAGUAAUGGAAAAGGAGGAACUAACUCACUUCAAAGUGGAAAAACAGUUUAGAAGAGAAGUCGAAAUUCAAUCGAACCUAAGACAUCCAAAUGUCCUAAGACUAUUCGGUUAUUUCCAUGAUUCAAAAAGAGUUUACCUCAUCCUAGAAUAUGUUAUCCAUGGCGAAUUGUAUGGGUUUUUAAAGAAAAAGGGCAGGUUCGAUGACGCUUUAGCUUCCCAUUACAUUUAUCAGAUGAUUCUAGCUCUAUCCUAUCUUCAUAAAAAACAUAUAAUUCACAGGGAUAUUAAACCUGAAAACAUCCUACUAGGCUUUGAUAAUAUAAUCAAACUCUCGGAUUUCGGUUGGAGUGUCCAUGCUCCGUCGUUAAAGAGAUCAACGAUGUGUGGAACUUUGGAUUAUUUGUCCCCAGAAAUGAUUGAAUCCAAAGAUCACAAUGAAAAAGUAGACAUUUGGGCUUUGGGUAUAUUAAUGUAUGAAUUGUUAGUAGGAAACCCUCCAUUUGAAGAAGGAUGCCAACAAACAACUUAUAGAAGAAUAGCAAGAGUGGAUUUGAAAAUACCCCAAUUUUUGCAACCGGAUGCUGUUGAUUUGAUUAAAAGACUUCUUCGUUAUGAUCCAACAAAGAGAAUAUCUUUAUCCGAUGCUCAAAACCAUCCAUGGAUUUUAAGAAAUAAAAAGUAUUGGCCGAAGCCAAACAAAUCCAAUCCCAUGUAA